CGCGCCCCCGAGGACAAACCGCGGCACCCCGCCCGUGUGUGUGUGUGUGUGUGUGUGUGUGUGUGUGUGUGUGUGUGUGUGUGUGUGUGUGUGUGUGUGUGUGUGAGGGACCGCAGGGAGGGGGGGCGCGAGUGUAUGUGUGCAGUUUGUACGUGUUGGUGUGUAGGGGCGAGAGAGAGGGAGAGAGAGAGAGAGAGAGAGAGAGAGAGAGAGGGGAGGCGAGCAGCGGGGACCGAGCGGCGGAGCGCAGUACCGAGGACAGUUUUCUCUCCCAGUCUUUCACACUAACAUCAGAUACUAUGCUUAUCGCUUCGUGUGCGGUCUGCUGGCAGUAGAACAGAAGGAUCUUAAACUGAGUGACUGACUGACGGGACCUCACAAUCAGCUCCUGAACACUUUCCUCCUCUUCCUCCUGCUCUCAUCAGUGGCAGCUGAACCCCCACAACCACAUGAGUUUGGUUUGGCCUGCCAGUGAGUAGGAGCUCUAUGUGGAUCAAGAGUUAAAUAAGGAGCACCUGAGACUAGUGGUGAGCCAGUCACACCACCCUCAGCUCUACCCAGCGCCUCCCCCUCCCACCUCCCUCUUCCUCAGCCUAAUCCCGUAACCCUCUGCCUCACCCUUUCCUCCCACUUCUCGUGGGAACCACGCGCCGCCAUGUCUAUCUUGGCCUCCCCCGCCCCCUUCCUCCUCCUCCUCCUCCUCUUCCUCCUCCCACUGCCUCCCUGCCAGCCUGAGUCCCAGCGCAGCGUGCCCAGUGGUGACCCCGACCUGCGAGUGGUCUCGCCCUCCAUGUUCCCCUCCUCCUUCGCACCUUCCAUUUCUUAUGGCAACAGCAACGCGUCUAGCAGAAGAGAGAAGUGUGACGAAGUGCCGGUGUGCAGACCCGGCAUCCUGCUGCCCGUCUGGGAGCCCAACCAGCCCAGGCUCGGCGAACAGGUGGCCAGAGCUGUGGUUUACUUUGUGUCACUCAUGUACAUGUUCCUGGGAGUUUCCAUCAUCGCUGACCGCUUCAUGGCGUCCAUAGAGGUCAUCACCUCACAGGAGAAGGAAGUGACCAUCACUAUGCCAAACGGGGAAACAUCAGUGGCGACGGUUCGAAUCUGGAACGAAACAGUGUCCAAUCUGACACUCAUGGCUCUCGGCUCCAGCGCUCCGGAGAUACUGCUGUCUGUUAUAGAGGUGUGUGGUCACAAGUUCGAGGCUGGUGAGUUGGGACCAGGAACCAUCGUGGGCAGUGCCGCCUUCAACAUGUUUGUGAUCCUCGGAAUCUGCGUGUGGACGAUCCCCGCCGGCGAGACCCGCAAGAUCAAACACCUCAGGGUGUUCUUCAUCACCGCCUUCUGGAGCAUCUUCGCCUACAUCUGGCUCUACCUCAUCCUGUCUGUCAUGUCGCCGGGCGUUGUGGAGGUGUGGGAGGCCCUGGUGACCCUGCUGUACUUCCCAGUGUGUGUCAUCCUGGCUUGGAUCGCCGACCGCCGCCUGCUGUUUUACAAGUACAUGGGCAAGCGUUACCGUGCAGACAAGCGCCAUGGCAUCGUCGUGGAGACCGAGGGAGACUUGACACCCAACAAAGGCGGCAUGGAGAUGAUCAUAGACGGCAAGUUCCCACCACGAGGCGGCACCGUGGUCCCUGCUGAGAACUGCGGGGGCGGCACUCAGGAUGGCACAGCAGGCACUGCGGCCAAUAACAUCGGUGCUGCAGCGGGGGCCAUGGCAACGGGAGCCAGGGGCAACCUGCCCAACUCUAACAGCACGAUGGUCAAUGUGGAGAGCAGCAAGGAGUUGAACGAGAGCCGCAAAGAGGUGAUUCGUAUCCUGAAGGAGCUGAAGCAGAAAUAUCCUGACAAAGACCUGGACCAGCUGAUGGAGCUGGCCAACUACUACGCACUGCUGCACCAACAGAAGAGCAGAGCCUUCUACCGCAUCCAGGCGACUCGUAUGAUGAUCGGAGCUGGAAACGUCCUGAAGAAGCACGCAGCCGACCACGCUCGCCGUGCAGUCGUAGCCGACGAGGAAGCACCGGAGGAUGAAGACCUGGGGAUAUGCAGCCGCAUCUCAUUUGAAAGCGCCCACAGUCAGUGCAUGGAGAACUGCGGCAUUCUGACGCUGGCCGUGGUCUGCCAAGGGGGUCUGGGAGAGAACACCUUCUAUGUGGACUACAGGACAGAGGACGGCUCAGCCAACGCUGGGUCAGAUUACGAGUACAGCGAAGGAACUCUGGUAUUCAAACCUGGAGAGACUCGCAGAGAGAUCAAGGUUGGUAUAAUCGAUGACGACAUCUUCGAAGAGGAUGAGCACUUCUUUGUGCGCCUGCUGAAUCUGCGUGUUGGCGAUGCAGAGGGGAUGUUUGAGAGCGAUGAAGUGGGUGCGGCCCCCAAAGCUCGCUUGGUUGAGCCCCUGGUUGCCACAGUGACCAUCCUGGAUGACGACCACGCUGGCAUCUUCACAUUCAGCGAUCGCAUGGUGCGGGUGAGCGAGAGCGUGGGCACCAUGGAGAUCACGGUGGUGCGCAACUCAGGCGCCCGCGGCACUGUCAUCCUGCCCUACCACACCGAGUCAGGCACCGCCAAGGUUGGAGACGACUACGAGGACGCCCGAGGAGAGCUGGAGUUCACCAACGACCAGACCACUCAGACUUUCCAGGUGAGGAUAAUUGAUGAUGAAGAAUAUGAAAAACAUGAAAACUUCUUCAUCGUGUUGGAGGAGCCACGCUGGCUUAAGAGAGGAAUCUCAGCUCUGCUGCUCAACCAAGAGGGGGCGGAGGGGCAGAUGAGCUCUGAGGAGGAGGAGGCCCGGAGGAUAGCUGAGAUGGGGAAGCCCAUCCUGGGAGAGCACAGCCGCCUGGAGGUGGUCAUCGAGGAGUCCUAUGAGUUCAAGAGCACCGUUGACAAGCUCAUUAAGAAGACCAACUUGGCGCUGGUGAUCGGCACGCACUCCUGGAGGGAACAGUUUGUGGAGGCGGUCACUGUCAGUGCAGGCGAUGGUGAUGAUGACGAGGAGGGCCGUGAGGAGCGCCUUCCAUCUUGUUACGACUACGUCAUGCAUUUCCUCACCGUCUUCUGGAAGGUCCUGUUUGCCUGCGUCCCGCCUACAGAGUACUGGAACGGCUGGGCCUGCUUCUUGGUCUCCAUCAGCGUCAUCGGCCUCCUCACCGCCGUCAUUGGAGACUUGGCGUCACACUUCGGCUGCACCGUGGGGCUCCGGGACACUGUGACCGCUGUGGUGUUUGUGGCAUUGGGAACUUCUAUUCCAGACACCUUUGCUAGCAAAGUGGCUGCCAUGCAGGACCAGCACGCUGAUGCAUGCAUUGGUAACGUCACCGGUAGCAAUGCCGUUAACGUGUUCCUGGGGAUCGGCGUGGCGUGGUCGGUGGCCGCAGUCUACUGGAGAAUCAAAGGACAGGAGUUCAGGGUUGACCCAGGGUCGCUGGCCUUCUCCGUCACACUCUUCACCAUCUUCGCUUUCAUCUGCAUGGCGGUGCUACUGUUCAGACGCCGACCCUCCAUCGGCGGAGAGCUCGGCGGCCCAAGGGUGGCACGCAUCCUGACCAGUCUGCUGUUCCUGGGUCUGUGGUUCCUGUACAUCCUCUUCUCCAGCUUGGAGGCCUACUGCCACAUCCCCGGCUUUUAAAAAGGAGAUAAAGAAAGUUCUGGAAGAACAUUGCACAGCAACACACACAUAUACUUUUACACUAUACAGUCCACAGUUUGACAUGAAACAAGUAUAAGAUUCUUCUGUUUAAUAGGACUCACUGCAGCCUGGAGGUGUCCUGGUCUUUGAUGCAAGGAUACUGAAAUACUUCAGAUACACGUUCUCACACACACACACACACACACACACACACACACACACACACACAUACUAUAUGUACGCAUGUGUAAACAGGUCAUAACAAACACGCACACACAGUUACAGGCAUGAUAAAAGGGCGAAAGGAAGUGUUUGAAGGGCGAGAAAUGUGAAUACAAAAGGUUGCUGAAGCAAAGUUAGCAGAGAGAAGAUGGAGAGAGAAAGGAAGUGAAGUUGUCAUUCUAGAUGCGAGAAGAGGGUCAGGUCAGCCGCUGGAGGGCUGCUUCAUUCUGGGGCAUGGAAGGUUUCUUUUAAAGUCCGAUGGGUAUAGGUUGGGUUGGAGAAGCUGUCUGGUAGGAUCAGACGACGAGGAUGGGACAGAAACGUGUGCACACCGGACAGAAUAUAUUCGUUUGCACUGAAGGAACAACAUCUUUGUUUGUUUGUCCCUCCCACCUCUCGUCUGUAUCACCAACUCUACUGGUACAGCUUCGUGUGUCUUCACUGACGAGGUGGAGCGCUGUGUGAAAAAAUGAGUGGAAUGUUUACAAUAACAAUAACAUUAACGUUUGUUUACUACAGGAAGUUCUCAUAAAGUGGUGAUUCUUGUCUAACACUGUAUAGAAGGCGGUUCUCCACACGCACUGUAAAUAGUAAAAACCGGUGUAUAUAGAGUGUAGUGUUUUCAGUAGGCAGACAGUGAUGCCUACAACUGAAAAAGUCAGAGAGGGUGCAAAAAAUAUUCCCUCAGACUGUGCGGCUACUAUUCUGUACAGAAAGUCAAAUUACAGCAAAAACAGUCAGGUUUCUGCCGCUUCUGCCCGAAAAAGCUCCAACGGUUUUAAAAUUCAUGCACAGGCUGAAACGUCACUGAUCCCAAACAUUAGAGAAUACAGUUUAAUAAGAGUGGGAUUAAUGAUGACUUUGGCAACACUAAACAGAGACUAAAGUCUUACCUGACCAAACAAAUGGAAGAUGCACUGGUGAAAUAAGAGCCAUAACUCCCCAGCAUCCUACGUUCCAAUUAGAGGUGUCUUUAUUGGAUGGUUUCCAGGGUAACCACAGCCCCUCUGACAAAGGUUUGUAUAUCAAACGGAGGCAUUAUUUUCUGCAUGUAUAGACAGAUAUGGAGCAUCUUCACAUAAAUCACUUAUAUACUAUGUAAAAGAGAAAUCCUGUAAAUUAAAUCCCUGCAUUCGUGCGUCUGCUCAGUGAACUCAUCUGGUUCUUGAUAUUAAAUCGUCCUGUUUAAAUCUGUGUGUGUAGGCAGACAGGAAGGAGGAGAGGUGUUUGGUCCAGUGGAUGAUCUGGGUGGAACCAAAAAAAAAAAAAAACAUUUCCUCCUCAGAGGGACCAAAUAUGUGCUCACACUCAAAACCCACGUGGGAACUUUGUUCGAUUGUUGUUGCUCCAUCCAGACGGACUGAGAUCUGAGUGCAGACACUAAACUACAGUCCGUCAUCACUGUGUCAUUGUGGGUAGUGACAGACUAAUCCAUUGGUGUGGCAUGUAUCCUAACAGACUAAUCCAUUACCCUUAGUGACAGCAGCAUGGUCGGACAAACAUGCAUGGAUGGUCGAACAAGACUUAACAGUGUUAGUUUACUUUCAAGAGUGAAAUACAGAGUAGAUUACAGUUAAAUCAGUAAAAAACAGAUUCCACUCACCAACAGUCAGUCUGAAGCAUGUUGAUUAGGAUGCAUGAUCCUAAACUGCACAUAAAUUGGUAUGCAGGUUGCUAGUCUACACCACACCGAUGCUUCAGAUAGCACCCAUACAAUGCCUUAAGGAAAACUCUCAAGUAAAAAUCUAGUAUUCAAGCUUCAGCUGUACAAACUGUCCGGGCUGCACUUUAUUUGGUGUAACUAAAACAUACUGUGUUGUGUUUUUAUUUUUUCUUUAGUUGACAAACUAUUAGUGUGCAGUACAUGAAGGUCGAGUCACUGGAGGAAAACUAUGAACUGUGUGAAGUUCAAAUGUAACACUGGAUCCAGCUGAAACCCCCAUUCAUCUGUGCUUAGAGCACAACAGAAGUACCAGAUAUGCUAAAGAUUACUUCCCAUUUUAAUGGAAAGUCUGCACAUUGUUUAAAAGAGCUAAGGUCUAUCGUCUACUGUUCUUCAGACUUUGUUUACAGUCUGUAGGUCAACAGCAGACAGGACCACAGAGAAGCUGUAGGAGCAGCACUGUCAUUGUAGGUCUAAAUCAGACAGUUUGUGUAGUCAUAGUACCAUAGCAUAGGAAAACACAUUAGAACAUACUGCCCUUUAAGGUAUGUAUGUGUUGCUCAGUAUUGCAUGGCAGAGUUGGAACAUACAGUACAAUGUUCACAAGCUAAGGAAACAACUGGCUGCUACACAGACAGUGAAAAUCAACCAGAAUGCACAACUAGAGAGCUGCAAACCAGUGACACACACUGAGCUGUAUGCACACACCCUCUGAUUUGCUGUGACAUUUACACACAGACAUUUCUUCCUUCCAACAUUGAGAUGCAAGAAGCUGAAAAGUCAGUGCUGAAAAUAAUGUCAAAACAAAUGCAGAGAGCAGUGUGCGACAUUAUAGUAUGAUGAUUAAGUUAACUAUUAGCUUAGAGUAGAAGCACCAAGAAUCCGGCAUCCUUUUUCUACCCGAGGAGGAAUUUAUCACGUUGAGACACCGCAGUCGACGUUAUUAUUACUGCAAUAUUCACUGCCUAAUAUGAGUCGCAUUAAAUAUAUUUCUGUGAGGACGUCGUACUUUGUGCUGCAGGUGUGUCACAAACACUUCACCCACAAAUGAUAAUAAGUGCUAUACAAGUGGAAUUUGUUAUUAUACAUGAUAAUAUCAGAAGGAUUCGAUUAGUUUACCCUUAACUAACUAUACUUUGUAAACUUUCUAAAAAACAAUUUUGUAUCUUUUCCUUGCAGAUAUAGCCUAGAUUUUUUUGUACUUCUACACAAUGUUUAGAAUAGUAUCAAUAUAUACAGUUGGUAGUGUAGAUUACAUCGUUACUGAAUUUAGUGGAUUAGAUUUUGAUAUAUUUCCACAGUGAGGAAGCUCCCCUUUAAACUGCUCAAACAGUGUAGUGUAUCCUAACCAGACAUCCCAAAUAAUUUACUGAAGUUCGUUGUCUGCUGACUUGUUUGUGUCUAUGUUACUUAUGUAUAUUUCUUCUCAUAAGAUAAUUUAUUUAGAUAUUUAUUUAUUUACAAGAAGAUUAUUUAUCUAUGGAUAAGCUGUGCCGCAGGUCCUUGAAGCGAACAGUUAAGUUCAAGGAGCGUGGUUUCAAUGUGCAAUACAGAAUAAAAUUAAAACACAUCUUAGUUCGUUAGUAGCUUUGACAAGAGGUCUUUUUCUGCUCCAGUGUUCGUUGUAACCCGCUGCCAACGUACAUUUCUUCAUUCAGUUCCCUUGAAGGAGGAGUUUUUGAGUGUAAGUAGCAUGUUUACAUGAAGAAACAGUGUGGAACAUUGCCAGUGUAAUUGUCAGUCUCGGGUUGUCGUGAGCUGAAGAGGGACUCUUUGUAGAUAUCAGUGGUGGCCGUGAGGCAGGUCAGUGGUGUGUGAGGCUGUAACAGUAGCUUAACUGUAGUCUACUCACUAAACCACAAAGUGGGACCAAGAUUACACAUCACACACCAACACACACACACCCAGGUCUGCUGAACUCUUGUGUAAUCGAUGACUGGGUACGAAAUGAUCACCACCAGCGGGUACAGGAUGGAUCAGCUCAGAUGAUGUGCCCAGCGUUGUCCCAGCAGAUGUGACCCAGGCGUGGCUCAGCAGCCCAAAAGCAGAACUGUCUACAAUGUUCGGACAAUGUUCCAUGUUUCCAUGAACUUCUGUACUAACUGUCAGGCUUCGGCCUUUGCUGUUCUGUAGCUAGAUGUGAUGCCUCCCCAUCCAGCCUCUCCUCCUCACCCACCCCUCCCCAGUGUGUGUCUGUGUUUGCUUCCCCUCUGUAUUCCUCUGCAGAUGCAUGAUGAAUCCCAGUGUACAUGUGUUAGCAGCAUGGUCUACUGUGAUGGACGCCUAUCGGCACAUUUUAUCGGGUUGAUUCCCCACACUUCGAAUCCCAUACACCAGAAGCUCUUUGUGAAAUAAAAUAAGCAAGUGGCACACACAGACACAACCACGACUCCGUACAGAUAGACUGAAGACACACACACACACACACACACACACACACACACACACACACACACACACACACACACACACACACACACACACACACACACACACACACACACACAGCAUUUAUGGAUUCAGUGUCUACUGCUUAUUUGUUUUGUUACCUUUAGAAGCUGUGAAAAGAGAGUGAGCUCUGUUGUGUCCGCAACGAGCAACAUCCCAGGUCAUCUUUUUGUUUGUUGGUGUACAAUAUUUCUGUGUCUGUGUAAGUGUUCCCCCUCUUCUUCUUCCCCUUCUCCUUCCUCUCUUCCUUCUCCUUACUCCUCCUCUUCUCCUCCUCCCAUUCACUCCCUCCCCGGUCUUGCUCUUCAAUGUGUCUCUGUGAAGUUUUUUCCUGUGAUGAAAAUUUCUCUCUCUGCCUGAACCUUUGUAGGGAAAUAAUGACUGAGUUACUACAAUAUCUUGUGAUAGAAAUAUACAUUUAUUCAAUACUGUAAUAAAUUAUUAACUGAAGAUGAUAUUUAAGUUUUUUUAUGAAAUGCAGAAAAAAAAAUUCUUAGAAAAAAAAUGGCAACCUGUUUUUGAAAAAACGGCAUGAGGUGUAAUGUGUUACCGAAAGAAAAUGAAGGUCUUUAAUCAAGUGAAGUUGACCUUAUUGGAAUAUAGUUCAUUUAUUUUCAAGG